AUGGAGACGAUAGACAUCCAAAACAAGUCAUUCGUCGUGCGUUGGCUGUAUGUGAAACGUGGCGAUACAAUAUCGUAUCAAUUGAAGCCAUUGAAGCGUUCAGUGGAUGUCGGCAUAUAUAAGCGACAGAGUACACUCCACGACGAGGUUUUUGAAAGAGGCAACGGAACUCCUGAGAAAAAUGGAUCUUCAAAUGGUCAUGGAAUAAGUUCAGGAAAUGUACACAUCGCACCAGACACGAGAACACUCAUUGAUUACGCGUUGAACAGAAGCACGUCUUCUUUUGAAGAAGCGACGCGACACCGUUCCAAGUCCAUUGCAGACGUGCAGCACCAUGCACAGGAAAUUCCUCUAGAGGUGAAGCUCACGGCUCAAGGUUUCACUCUUGUCCAGCGACUUGGAACUAUAGCAGGUAAUGAAUUGAUAGAAGGUACGAUACAAGCAGAUGAGGACGGGUACUACGCGUUUAUUUUAGACAAUACCGCGUCGAAGACGGUAAAGAAGAAGAUCCUAGUUAGUGUCGCUAACAAGACACAGGAUAUGCAUGCUCCUGUUCAUAGAGCGCGCUCACAUUUAAUCCGAGUAAAGCAAGGCCGCAUUCUACAAGGGUAUUUACUCAAGAAAAGAAGAAAGAAGCUACAAGGCUUUACCAAACGAUAUUUCAAAUUGGAUUUCAAGUACAAAACACUCUCCUACUACUUAAAUGAGCAUAACAAUGUUUGUCGCGGCGAAGUCGUGAUUACACUGGCCUCCGUUAGUGCAAAUAAAAUGACUAGACUUAUAGUUAUAGAUUCGGGGAUGGAAAUAUGGGUAUUAAAAGCUAGAGACGAAUCUACAUGGCAGGAAUGGAUUAUGGCACUACAAGAUUGUUUCAAAGAUGCAGUGGCGCCAAAGAAGGAGAUUGCAGAACCAUCAUUGGAUCCAUCCAAUUUCCGUGCAAGCCUUCAAUUGAUCGAGCAAAAACUGGAAAGUUGCAAACUCCAAUCUCUAUCCUAUUUCCCGCCCACUUCAGAAUUUAAGGUAUCGAAAUCAAGUCACAACAGUGGUGGGACUCCAAGUCCUGUUUCUCGAUCACCAUCCUUUUCGUCUCUCUCAAAUAUUUUCACUAAGCAUAAGACAGGAUCGCAAGAAACCGUCAAUAAACCCAAGGAUACAGCUCAAGAUUUUCCAACACAAAGUAGCCCCUAUGAGCAUGACCUGUACAAGAAGCUAGAAGAGGUUGAAAAACUUGUUCGUUACUGGGCUGAUUAUAGCAUGGGUGUUUUGCAAUCAACAGCGCGUUCUACUAGCCCCUCAAUUAUGAGUGAAAAUGAAUAUUAUGAUGCAAUUGAUGACAAUUUAGACGACGACAUUAACGAAGGGGUGAUUAUGUUGAAUGACGAAGAAGGUGUGAAUGCCCUGCUUUUAUCACAAUCACCAUUUACAGAAAAAAAUGAAGACAACUAUAACGAUGAUGAUGACUCCUCUAAAUUUGACCCUACAAUAGUUCAAACUAGUCAGCCAGUUAGUGCUGGUGGUGAUUUAUAUCCGCUUCCUUGGAAUCAUAAGGUUCACCGCCGUGAUGACGUACCGGCAGCUUCAACUCAACCACCGAGCCUUUUUUCAUUUCUCAGAAAAAAUGUCGGAAAGGACUUGACAUCUAUUUCUAUGCCAAUUACAUCUAAUGAACCGAUUACGAUUUUACAAAUGCUUUCUGAAACUUUCGAAUACACCGAACUUUUAAAUAAAGCAGCCUCGACUGACGAUGACAUCGAUCGACUUGCACUGGUUGCCGCAUUUGCUUGCUCAUACUUGUCUAUGCAUCGGCAUAAGGUUCGUGCUUUACGAAAGCCAUUUAAUCCACUUCUUGGUGAGACAUUUGAAUUAGUUAGAGAGGACAAAGGUGUCCGCUUGAUAGCCGAAAAAGUCUCUCACAAACCGCAAAUAUUUGCUUUUCACGUGGACCAUUCGCAGUGGGAGGUUUCCUAUGUUGUUUCACCAGUUCAGAAGUUCUGGGGCAAAUCGAUAGAGUUCUUCAAUGAAGGUCAAAUAAAGGUUGUCAUGAAGUCAAGUGGAGAAUGCUACGUCUGGUCUCAACCUACAACUAUUUUGAAAAAUCUUUUUGCAGGGGAGAGAUACAUCGAACCUACAAAUCAAAUGGAGAUAGUUUCAUCGCUUGACUGCAAAGCAAGAGUAACUUUCAAGGCGGGUGGCAUGUUUAGCGGUCGUUCAGAAGAUGUAUCGAUCGCCCUACACAAGGGCAACAAGCAACUUGGUCUUUUGAAAGGUCAAUGGACAAAUAGCAUCGUCAACACGAAAACAGGACAAACAAUUUGGAAAACUGGCGAGCUUGUGCCUGAGCCAGAGAAGAAAUAUGGUUUUACAAAGUUUACUGCCGAUUUGAAUCAAAUUACCGAGAUCGAGCAAGGUCAUAUCCCACCAACAGAUUCUCGAUUAAGACCCGAUUUACGUCUAUACGAAGACGGUAAUGUAGAGGAAGCAGAAGCUUUAAAAUUGAAACUUGAACAAGACCAACGUGAAAGACGCCAAAAUAGUCAAGAUGUUAAACCGCAAUACUUUGAGCGUGUAUCUGAUACUCAAUGGAAGUUUAUCGAGGGUCAGCGUGGAUACUGGGAGAGAAGACGGAUUAAAGAAUGGGAUGGUCUGGUACCCUUAUGGUGA